AAAUAAAUGGUUUAUGUAGAAAAACUACAUUGAAAAAUUAUAAAGUGCUAAAGUUGCAUUCAAAAGAGGAGACAAUGAGUGGUAUGAGAGUUGUUGAAUGGCUUAGACCCCUUGUUGAGACCAAAGCUUGGGAUUAUGUUGUUGUUUGGAAAUAUGGAAAUGAUCCAACUAGGUUUAUUGAGUGGAUGGGUUGUUGUUGUGGUGGUGGAAACAUUGAGCAUGUGAAGUUUGAAGAGAAAAUGGAUGAUGAACAAUACAACUUGGGUCCCAUUUGUAGGGAUACCCUAUUUUAUCAUCCAGUUAGAACUAAGAGUUGUGAGGCUCUUGCUAAGUUUCCUUUUUCAAUAUCUCUCUAUUCUAGUGUUCAUGGAGAGGUUGCAAUAUCACAACAACCAAGAUGGCUUAUCCAGCAGGACUCAAUUGGAACUCAAGUUUUGAUCCCUAUUUUUGGGGGUCUUGUUGAGCUCUUCACUGCAAACCUGAUCCCAAAAGAUAUAAAUAUGAUGGAGUUCAUAUCAGCACACUUUUGUGUCUCUAUAAACCAAGAAGCAAUAUCUGAACAAAGCUACACCAACAGGAACUUCAAUGACCAUUACACUUUAACUCCUAGCAUUGAAGGACUCUCUAGUGGGUCUAAUCCUUCAACUGAACACUCAAAAGGGGAAGAUAAAGAAAAACUUGUUAGGGAGCCUCAGAAGGAAGUUUAUCAUGCUAAAAAUCUUGUCACAGAGAGGAAUAGGAGGAAAAGAAUCAAUAAAGGGCUUUUUACUCUAAGGUCUCUAGUCCCAAAUAUAACCAAGAUGGAUAGAGCAGCAAUUCUAGAAGAUGCAAUUGAAUAUAUAAAGGAGUUGCAGAAGCAAGAGAUAAAGCUUCAAGAAGAGGUCAAGGCUUUGGAAGUUGAGGACUGUGAGAAGAACACACUACAAUUGAGAGUGAAAACAGAAAAAGAACAAGCAAAAGGAACCAGAAGCUUACCUCUCAUUGAGCUUAAUCAAAGUUCUUCUGAUUCCACUAGAAAGACAAAGAUGAAGUUGCAAGUAGAAGUGAAUCACAUUGGUGGAACAGAAUUCUUGAUUAAGUUGUGCUGUGAGCAGAAGAAAGGUGGGUUUUCAAGAUUGAUGGAAGCUAUACAUUCAUUUGGGCUUCAUGUGGUACAUGCAAACAUGAUCACAUUUGAUGGCAUAGUAUCAAACAAUCUGAUGGUUGAGGCAACUGAACAGGAUAUUCACCCUAUGAAACUCAGAGAGUAUUUGAUACAGCAAACAGGUUAAUGAUAGACAAAGCAAUUAAGAAGCUCAGGAAAAUAGUGGUGUGGUUAUCAUCUCUAAACUUUUUUCUAACAACUUGGUUAUUAUCUGUAAAUAUAAACAAUGCUCCAUAACUUCAUAGAAAAAGCUGGACUAGUAGAAACAGAAAUUGAAUAUCCUUUUUAUCUUGGAUCCACGAAAAUCAAUUGACUAAUUCCUGAUAAUGAUUA